AUGGCUACUGGCAGCGAGGAUCUGUGGCGCGAUUGCGCGUCCUGGCUUACGAGAUGUGGCUUGUUACGGCCCGAUCAUAAGGCAAAUUGGGAUAAAAGUACCAUACAUGACCUGGCAUACACUUUACGAGACGGUGUACUUCUUUGCAAUUUGUUAAAUACAUUGCACCCUGGAUGUAUCGACAUGAAAGAUGUUAAUCAGCGCCCACAGAUGGCACAGUUUCUCUGCAUGCGAAAUAUAAAAGUAUUUUUAAGAACAUGUCACGAAGUAUUUGAACUUAGAGAGACGGACCUGUUCGAUCCAUCCAUGCUAUUUGAUCUCUCAAAUUUCCAUAGAGUGUUGUGCACACUUGCAAAACUAAGUCAAUGUCCAAAAGCUUUGGCAAAAAAUGUUCAGCCAUUCUCAGCAAGGAGAACACAGUCAGAAGAGGAUAUAUACAAAGACUUGCAAUCUGUCGCAAACCUAAACAACGAAGUACCGCCUCCAUAUGACGUGGUGAUUAAUGAGGCGCAUAGUAAUACUACUGAAGUCCCAUGGAUACAGUUCACGAUACCGAGCGUGACCUGCGAGGACCGCGUCGAGGAGAUAUAUGAGGACCUCUGCUAUGUCAAUGGCGGCGUGUGCGCAAGCCGCGAAGUGGGUGAGUACGCGAGCUACUGCGCGCGUAUACACGACGAGGAGAUCUACCACGACCUGUGCGUGGUGAAGGGUCCCGCGCGCGAACUGCCAGUCAUACCACACCAUCCGAUCGCUUUCAGUGCACUAGCGACGUCGUCGCAUAGCCUAGAAAAGAGGGAUUAUGUUAUAAGGGAACUCGUUGACACGGAGUGCAAUUACGUGGACGUGCUUAGUAAAAUAAUCAAAUACUUCCUGAGGCCGCUCACGCCUUAUUUGAAGCCUCAGGAUAUGCAAGUCAUAUUUUUUGGUGUCAAGGAGUUACACGAAAUACACUCAGGGCUACUAAGGCAGUUGCGACUUGCUACGGAGAACUGUGUGCCCGGCAACGGGGCCCCGAGGUUGGCAGACGUGUUCCUAGCUUGGAGGGAACGGCUACUGCUGUACGGAGACUAUUGCUCCAAUCUAACUAACGCUCAGGAAACUUUGAAGGCACUCGACUCGAGAGACUCGACGUUUAACAAACAACUUGCGAAAUGUCAAAAAGAACACAGCGAUGGCCGCAUUCAGCUGCGCGACAUACUCUCCGUGCCGAUGCAGAGAGUACUUAAAUAUCACCUGCUGUUGGACAAACUAGUUCAUGAAACACAACCAAAUCAUGAAGAAUUCCGUGGUCUGGAACGAGCCAAAGAAGCAAUGGUGGAUGUCGCGCAGUACAUCAACGAGGUCAAGCGCGACAGCGAAGUGCUAACACUGCUUGCUAAAGUACAGGAGAGUAUAAUCGACUGGGACGGCGGCGCGAUGGGCGCGGGCGGCGCGGGGCUGGCGGCCUACGGGCGCCUGCUGCUGGACGGCGAGCUCAAGGUGAAGGCGCACGAGGACCAGAAGCUGCGCUCGCGCUACGUCUUCGUCUUCGACAAGCUCAUGCUGCUCUGCAAGCCCGUCAAGGUGAUCUACCCGACAGACAACCAGUACUCGUACCGCACGGGCAUCCGGCUGGCGGAGUACCGCGUGGAGGAGGGCGGCGGGAGGCGCGCGCUGCGCGGCGACGCGCGCUGGGCCGCGCACUUCUACCUCGUGCGCCGCUCCAAGGACGCCACCUUCACGCUGUACGCACGCACCGACGACUGCCGCCGCAAGUGGCUCAAAGCCAUCAAGGACGCUAUUGAUAACUUGGAGCCUGCCGGUUGCCGGAGUACGAAUCACAAGUUCGUAUUACAUACCUUCGAAAAACCCGCAACAUGCCAUCACUGCUCUAAAUUCCUCAAAGGCAGAAUAUUUCAGGGCUACCUAUGCUCGGUGUGCAACGCGUGCGCGCACAAGGACUGCAUCGCGCUGUCGGGGCGCUGCGGCGGCGGGCCCGCGCCCGCGCCGCCGCUGCCGCCGCACUCCGCGCAGCCCGACAGCUCGCUGCACUACUACAUGUGGUACGUGGGCGAGAUGGGGCGCGAGACGGCGACGGCGCGGCUGGAGCGCCGCGUGGACGGCACCUUCCUGCUGCGCGUGCGGCCGCGCGCCGCGCACUCGCUGCCGCCGCCCGGCCACAACGACACGCACUACGCGCUCUCGCUCAAAACCGACAACACAGUAAAGCACAUGCGAGUGUGCCGGAAGCCGAUCGAUCAAGUGCCGCAUUAUUUCCUGUCCGAGUCGAGGUUCUUCCGCAGCAUUGUUGAGCUCAUCUCCUAUUACGAAAAGACCAGCUUGUCAGAGAACUUUGUUGGAUUAAAUUCGAACCUGCGUUGGCCGUUCCGUCGAGUGGUGGCCACUGUGGUGCACGACUUCAGGCCGCUAGAGCCGACGCAACUGGCCCUUCGCCCCGGAGCCAAGGUGCUCAUCCUCAGCAAAGAGGGAGAUGGACGCGGCUGGUGGAAAGGACGCACUAUUGAUAAGGGUGACAACAGAUCAGGCUAUUUCCCAAAGGAGUGUGUGCGUGAGGAGCCCGAGUGCAUCGGCGCGCUCGAC